GGUGUUGGGAUGAGGACAGAGAGCCCGAGCUGGAGGCGGGCUCCAGCCCUGAUAAACCACUUGUCCCAGCUUGCCCAGCCUGUGAUCGGCAGCUUUAUCAUUGGGCAGGGCCCAUCAAGAUGCUGCAGGUGCCGCUGCCCCUGGACCGCGAUGGGAUCCUCUUCCGGCUCCGCUUCACCACACUGGCGCUGGCGACCGUGUUCUGCCCCCUCUUUGGGUUCCUGUUCUGUGUGAUCUGGUCUCUGCUCUUCCAUUUCCGGGAGACAACAGCGACCCACUGCGGGGUCCCCAACUACCUGCCGUCCAUCAGCGCAGCCAUCGGGGGCGAGACCCCGCAGCGCUACGUCUGGCGCCUCUGCAUCGGCCUGCACUCGGCCCCCCGCUUCCUGGUGGCCAUCGCCUACUGGAACCACUACCAGAGCUGCCACUGCUCCCACCCGCGCUACCUGCGCCUCUGCCACUGCAACCUCCUGCUCAACCUGCUCGAGAACUUCGCCCUCCUCAUCCUCACCUACGUGUCCUCCUCUGAGAACUAUGCAAUCCAUGAGAACGCCUUCAUCGUGUUCAUCACCUCAGCCCUGGGGCACAUGCUGCUGACCUGCAUCCUCUGGAGGAUGACGAAGAAACACACAGUAAGUCCCGAGGAGCGCAAGUCCUACAAGUGGAAGCAGCUCCUCUUCUUCUUCACCUUCAUCACGUUUGCCUUCGCCGUCUGCGUCUACUUCCACCACAACUGGUACUGCGGGCCCGGAGUAUACACCAUCUUCGCCUUCCUGGAGUACCUGGUGGUGCUCUCCAACAUGGCCUUCCACAUGACCGCCUUCUGGGACUUCGGCAACAAGGAGCUGGUGGUGAGCUCGCUGCUGGAGGACAAGCACUUCUAGCAGGCUGCAGGGGGGCAGAGCCCCU